UUUUACACGUUUUUUUCUCUCUCUCACUCUCACCAAAGCAAUGGAGGUGACGAUGGACCCUUUGUUUCUGGCGUGGAGCUACUUCAGGAGAAGGAAACUCCAACAGUGUUCAGACAUUUGUACAAAGAUAUUACAGGACAACCCCUACGACCAGGCUGCCUGGAGCCUGAAAACCUGCGCCAUAACAGAGAUGGUCUACAUAGAUGAAGUUGAGGUUGACCAGGAGGGGAUUGCUGAGAUGAUGCUGGAUGAGAGCUCCAUUGCUCAAGUUGCACGACCUGGAACCUCAUUGAGACUUCCUGGAACGAGUCAGGGUGGAGGUCCCACUCCAGCUGUCAGACCUAUGACACAGUCAGGACGUCCUAUCACAGGAUUCGUGAGACCCAGCACACAGUCAGGGCGUCCUGGGACGAUGGAACAGGCCAUCAAAACACCACGCACCGCAAGCACUGCUCGCCCAGUUACCAGUGCUUCUGGUAGAUUCAUCCGUUUGGGAACCGCUUCAAUGUUAACCAAUCCGGAGGGACCUUUCAUAAACUUAUCAAGACUAAAUCUGGCCAAGUACUCCCAAAAGCCCAGUUUAUCCAGGACACUAUUUGAGUACAUCUUCCAUCAUGAAAACGAUGUGAAAAAUGCUUUAGAUUUGGCUGCUCAAGCUACUGAACAUGCACAGUUCAAAGACUGGUGGUGGAAAGUUCAGCUGGGGAAGUGUUAUUACAGGCUUGGUUUAUAUAGAGAAGCAGAAAAACAAUUUCGCUCGGCUCUCAACCACCAAGAGGUGGUAGAUACGUAUCUGUACCUUGCAAAGGUUUAUCAGCGCCUGGAUCAGCCAGUCACGGCUCUCAACCUCUUCAAGCAAGGCCUGGACCACUUCCCUGGUGAGGUCACCCUUCUGACAGGAAUCGCUCGCAUCCAUGAGGAGAUGAACAACAUUUUAUCAGCCACAGAGUACUACAAAGAUGUCCUGAAGCAGGACAACACUCACGUGGAGGCUAUAGCCUGCAUAGGCAGCAAUCACUUCUACACCGAUCAGCCCGAGAUCGCCCUGCGGUUCUAUAGACGACUGCUCCAGAUGGGAGUGUAUAAUUGCCAGCUGUACAACAACCUGGGUCUGUGCUGUUUCUACGCCCAGCAGUACGAUAUGACUCUGUCCUCAUUUGAGAGGGCUCUGGCCCUGGUGGCCAGUGAUGAGGAGCAGGCUGAUGUCUGGUACAACAUAGGACAUGUGGCUGUGGGCAUAGGGGACUUGACGCUGGCCUAUCAGUCUUUUAAACUGACGUUGGCUUUUAAUAACGACCACGCUGAGGCCUACAACAACCUGGCUGUGCUGGAGCUGCGCAAAGGUCACAUCGAACAGUCUAAAGCCUUUCUGCAAACUGCCGCAUCGCUGGCCCCUCACAUGUAUGAGCCGCACUUCAAUCUCUCCAUUCUCUCUGAAAAGAUUGGAGACCUCCAGAGCAGCUACACCGCGGCCCAGAAGGCCGAAGACGCCUUCCCAGAGCACGUCGACACUCAGCAGCUUCUCAGGCAGCUGCGGCAGCACUUUACGGUGCUGUGAGGGUCCAGAGGGUGUUCAUCAGGCUUCCAGAGUUAUUGUGACAGUGGAAGGCUGGAGGGUUAGUCGGAUAUAGAAUUCAACAAGCAGGGUUUGUGUUUUUUAUUUAUUAAAUGGUAGAGUUACACUAAACUGCCAGUUUAUAAGGUGUUAUAUUCCAUUGAACGCAGUCUGGAUGUGAUGGGUCAUCCUCCAUUGACCCCUGCUGUAGACAGGAUCGCUGGUCACUGGUGGUUCUUUGCUUUUCGCACCUCUCGCUGUAAAACUCCAGAACAGUCGGGUGUGAAAAAGCCAAGACGACAGCAGUUCUGGGAACGGCUCGAACCAAAGCGCCUCGAUACCAAAUUCAAGUAAACAUGUAACGGUGACUUAAAAAUGUACAUGAAGGUGGAGAUUUUACUGAUAAACUGGCAACCCAGUGUACAGAUUUGUACAGGAACACAUAUGUACAUAGUAAAGGUGAAGAUUUAGUAAAAUAAUUCACAUACAUUUUCUAGUUUAUUUCAUAAAUCAGAUGUAUUUUUCGUAUUUCAGAUUUUCUUGCCAUUUUGUAGUCUGGACAGUACAAUAAAGA